AUGGUGAUCACUGAAAGCAAUCAGAGUUCUGUGAUCACAUUUAUGCUCUUAGGAUUCACAGAUUAUCCAGAGCUCAAAGUUUUCCUUUUCCUGGUAUUCCUGGCCAUGUAUAUCAUUACAGUCAUAGGAAAUCUUGGCAUGAUCUUAAUCAUCAGAAUGAACCCCAAAUUGCAUACCCCCAUGUACUAUUUCCUUAGCCAUCUGUCAUUUGUGGAUUUCUGUUACUCUUCCAUUGUCACACCCAAGCUUUUGGAAAAUUUAGUUAUGGAAGACAAAAGCAUAUUUUAUUCCAGUUGCAUGCUGCAAUAUUUUUUGUCUUGUACUGCAGUGGUUACAGAGUCCUUCCUACUUGCUGUGAUGGCCUAUGACCGCUUUGUGGCCAUUUGUAAUCCCCUUCUCUACACAAUUGCCAUGUCUCAGAGACUUUGUGCCCUACUGGUGACUGGAUCCUAUCUCUGGGGCAUGUUUGGUCCCUUUGUACUCCUAUGCUUUGCCCUACAAUUAACAUUCUCUGGCUACAAAAUCAUCAAUCACUUUUUCUGUGAAUAUACUGCUCUCAUUUCUGUCUCCUCCUCAGAUAUCCGUACCCCACACUUACUGCUUUUUGGUUUUGCUACCUUCAAUGAGGUAAGUACCCUCAUCAUCAUCCUUGCCUCUUACACCUUUAUUUUUGCCACUGUAAUAAAGAUGAAUUCAGCUAGUGGAAGGCAUAAAGCUUUCUCCACUUGUGCCUCCCACCUGACAGCCAUCAUCAUCUUCCAUGGAACCAUCCUUUCUUUGUACUGUGUUCCUAAUUCCAAAAACUCAAGGCAUACAGUCAAAGUGGCCUCUGUCUUUUAUACAGUGGUGAACCCCAUGUUGAACCCCCUCAUUUACAGCUUGAGGAACAAAGAUGUGAAGGAAGCCUUCAAGAAACUGAUAUACAGAAAUGACUUUUCUCAUUGA